AAGACUUUGAAAAAACAAAACAAAACAAAGAAAAAAAAAAUAAGAGAAGAAGAAAACACCAUCGGAAGCGGGUGGUGGUUGAAACCGGUGGCUGAUAGCUCCUUCCGAUUGGAUUUUCCGUUCUCUUCCAUUUUCAUCACUUCUCUCUCCAUUCACUCUUCAAUUCCAACAAUUUCCUUUUCUUUUUCCCGAUUCAUUCAUACAUAACACUCUUUUUCUCAAUUCAAUUCAUCAAAAAAGGGGAAAAAUAAACAUGGGAAUGAAACAAGUUAUUAAGAAUCUCGACGCAUUUCCUCGUGCAGAGGAUCACUUGUUGCAGAAAACUCAAUCUGGUGCUCUUGUUUCCAUAAUCGGUUUGAUUAUAAUGGCUACGUUGUUUCUGCACGAGCUGGGUUAUUAUCUCACAACUUACACUGUUCAUCAGAUGUCGGUAGACUUGAAACGCGGAGAAACACUGCCAAUUCAUAUAAAUAUGACAUUCCCUUCUCUACCUUGUGAUGUUUUAAGUGUUGAUGCUAUUGAUAUGUCUGGCAAGCAUGAGGUGGAUCUUGAUACAAACAUAUGGAAACUUCGUUUGAACAGUUAUGGCCAGAUAAUUGGCACUGAAUAUAUAUCUGAUCUUGUUGAAAAGGGACAUGAACAUGAAGCUCACAAACACGAUGAUGGUAAGGAUCAUCAUGAGCAUUCAGAAGAAAAAGUUCACUUACAAACCUUUGAUGAAGCCACUGAAAAUACUAUCAAGAAGGUGAAGGAGGCAUUAAAAAAUGGAGAAGGAUGCAGGGUUUAUGGCGUUUUAGAUGUUCAAAGGGUUGCUGGAAAUUUCCAUAUUUCAGUGCACGGACUAAACAUAUAUGUUGCACAAAUGAUCUUUGAUGGAGCGAAGAAUGUGAACGUUAGUCACGUUAUCCAUGAUUUGUCAUUUGGCCCCAAAUAUCCAGGAAUUCAUAACCCACUUGAUGACACAACAAGGACUCUGCAUGAUGCGAGUGGAACUUUUAAAUACUAUAUAAAGAUUGUUCCAACUGAAUAUAGAUAUAUCUCAAAAGAAGUUCUACCGACAAAUCAGUUCUCAGUUACAGAAUAUUUCUCCCCCAUUACUAGUCAAUUUGAUCGGACAUGGCCAGCUGUAUACUUUUUGUAUGAUCUAUCACCUAUUACCGUCACUAUCAAGGAAGAGCGCCGCAGUUUUCUUCAUUUUAUUACUCGGCUUUGUGCUGUGCUAGGUGGAACCUUUGCCGUAACAGGGAUGCUGGACCGUUGGAUGUACAGACUUAUUGAAGCUGCAACUAAACCAAAGACUAAAAAGUAGAUCUUGAAGUCAUGACAAUUUCAAGCAACUCUCCUGCAUCUCCAAGAGAUUCCAGACACUAUUUGGAAGAAUUUACUUCCAUAUUAACAGAUUUGAAAUGUAGCGGCAUAGUUGAAUCAAGCAUCAACAUUCAAACUUUCACAGUUUUGUGUUCAUAGAAUUCCUUGUAUUGUCUGGACAUCAAUGAUUAGCUGAUCUUACUCUCUCUUGUUUUGGAAUGGAUAUUUCGAAUAUAGUGAUCAGUUAUAUUGUUAGUUUCU